CUUUGCCCCACCAGAAACUUUUCCAAUCAGUCUUAUUCAAAAGGCAUCAAAUCAAAGGUCGAGUUCAUAUAUAAUAAGUUACAUUCAAAUACACCUUAUUAGUUUGAUAUUUAUCUCAUUAUCCAGAACUACUUCUCCCAAGCCUCAUGAGAUAGUAACAAUGCCGCCUCGUGGUUCACGUGGUGGGAGAGGAGGGAGAGGAAGGGGAGCAGCCAGAGCCGGUCAUUCAUCAUCAGAUACCACAAAUAGAGCCUCACUUGGCGAUGCAGAAUCACAUCCCGCUGAGAGUUCAUCACAACCCCAAACCUCCAUAGAAAGCAGCGAUAUAGUGGUUAUAAGCACACCUUCUGAAGGGACACCAAUCGAUAGCCCGCCGGUAUCCGCCCUUCAAAGUGACCCUUCAGUUACCACGUCAUUGAGACAAUCGCAGACUCCUAGUGCUACGGCUUCACGGGCUGGUGGCCGAUUCAGACCUAAGAACGUUCGGCGAGACGCUGCAGAACGAGCAAGGCUGGAACAAGAGAGAAACCGUGACUUAGCCGUCAAAAUUAAAGAAGAGGAACGGCAGCAACGAGCAGAGGGCCGAAGGGCAAGACGAGGUCGAGGGAGGGGUGAUCCAUCACAGCGAGGAUUUAUCAGGAGAACAGUCACCGCUUCUGGCCCAUUUUCUGCGAUACCACAAGAUAUUGUGAAAGCGGGUGCGGGAGGAUGGGGUUGGGGAGCUAAUGGUGGUGCUUCUUCGUCAAAGGGUGGUUUUACCCCUCAGUUCAACGCGCUUAGAUAUCGGCCUAGACGAGAGAACGAAGAUAGAGUCAAUGUUGACCUUCUGAACGGGACUACGGGUUACGACGAGGAAGGAAAUCCCCUCUAUCAGCCUUCCCGUUUCACUAAAUCAACUGGAAAUCUCCCAGUCGGUCUUCUUAGAACCCACCAUGAAGAGGACGAAGUUAAAGUUAAAACCACGGCGGAGCUUGAAGCGGAAGACCGUCAGUCCUCUGACGAUGACGAACUAUUCGUUACUCAAGCAGCUAAGGAUCUACGCGAGAUUGGCAUGGAAGACGAUAGCGAGGUAUGGCAUGCUGCUCCAAAGAGUCAAGUCAAAAUCAAAGCAGAACCUGGUACGGAGCCGGAGGCCAUGGACGUGGAUAUGGCCGAUAUCCCUGAGGCAGCCCAGAUAAAAGCGCCUCCUUCACCAGAACUUAAGAAGAAACUGGCCGUGAACGAAGAUAGUGCCGCGAUUGCACAAAGAAAGCGAAAGGAGAAGGCGGCCAAGGACCCCGAAAUCCUGCAAACUUUAUACGACCUAGACGCUCAGUUGCAAACACUUAAAUUUGACGACCCCCCUAGCGGUGAGAAAGAAGGCGAAAAAGAUGAAGGGCAAGAAGACGAUGAGGCUCCGCAGGGCCAGGAAAAAGAUGAUCAGAUGUACCUCUUCCAACUACCUCCUAUUCUGCCACCGUUGGUCAAGCCUACAGACGGUACAAAUGGUGAAGAGCCAGAAGUCGCCGAUCCUGCGCCUCGCGAGAAUACGGGCCCGGCUACUACCAACAAGGUGAAGACGGAAGACGGCAAAGAGAAGGAGAAAGUGUACAAUCCAUUCGCAACUCUCCCGCCGGAGGGUGGUCUCAUCGGCAAGCUCAACGUGCGUAAAUCCGGCAAAGUGGAGUUUGAUUGGGGGGGCACAAUCCUGAGCUUGGGGAUGGGUACGGAGACCGACUUUUUAACGUCGGCUAUCAUGAUAGAGCAAAACAUCGACCUGCAGAACCCCGAGGCGAGCACUGGGUUCGCCUGUGGUAUGGGCCAGAUCCUUAACAAGUUCGUACUGGCACCUGUGUGGGACGAAGAGGAGGAUUGGGAUCCUAGUCUUGAGGGCAUCGACGGCCUAGAUCAAUGAUUUUUGACGCAGUGAUUACCCUUUGUGGAUACACUAUGUAGCUUCUUCGCCAAGCGCAUUCAAGGAGGCUAUGGAUUAAGUAGGUACUUCAUAGCCAGCUAGUGUGAAGCUCAAGGCGACUACAUAGACGUAUCGACGUUCUUGGCUAGUUUUUAUUAAGGCUUCAAUCAUGUAGCUAACAAAAAAUCCCGGCAGCCUGGUUAGUAACCUACCCAGGCAAAGGAAACAUUAGUUUUGAUACCCCAGCCACUUUCUAUCAUAACAGCCAACCCCAGUUCUUAGAGACCGCGCAAGCUACGCGAACCACAUACAUACUAUGUAUGACUCUUCCACAGUAGGGAGAACCCAUCCGUGCAGCCUCGUAGGUACCUCAACCGUCAGUUACCCCGGUUCUUACUAGUAGGAGAAUUAUGUUCAAUGUAACGCUAGCCUCACCGUCCGUCGCGGGUUUGCCGGGAAUCAGCUUCUCUAACGCUCGGCGCGUCCA